AUGGGUCAACCAAACGGUAAGGAAGGGAAGUACUCUAAGCAGCGCAGGGCCGACCAUGCGACACUAGAUCGCGAGGCUGCCCCUGCUUCUGUCACGGCGCACAGUGUGGGUGUGCGCACCUCCGCGGUGCGGGAGAACGUCCUGCAGCAGACGCCUCAGUACCGCGAUCCCAUGGCGGAGUCCAGUCUGAUCGGGCGCAGCUCCGGCGCCGUGCAGAAGCGCAAUAGCGCGACUGCUUCUGCUGCUGCUGCUGCUGCUGCGCCGGCGAAAAAGUUCCCUGUGGUACUGCGCUACGCGGACAAGGACGUCAAGGCGCUGCUAGCCAAGAAGCAGAAGCUCUUUGUGGUGGUUGAGGCGUUGGGGUGGAAGCCGGUGCCGAUGGCGCCGAGCGAGGACUCCUUCUACGCGCUCCUCGAGCUCGCGCCGGGUUUGCACCGCUACCGCUUCCUCCUCGACGACAAGGCGGUGGUCGACAACACGCAGCCGCUCGAGGAGCUGGUGCAGGAGGCCGGCAAGGACGCGCCAGCGAACCUGCUGCAGCUCAACGACGUGCUGCUCACAACGAAGGAGGAUGAGGAGGUGAUGGACGACGGCGAGGGAUGGGGGCAGGAGCAGAUCAUGUUUGAGGAGUCGCGCAAGUACCCGCCCAUCGUGCCGGUGCAUCUGCGCUACACUCCACUCAACACGCCACCCACUGGCGUGCGCUGCACGCGCGACGGCGUCGUGUCGGCGGCGGGCGAUGUCGUCUCGCCGGAGCACCUGCCGCUCCCGCUGAAUGUCACGAUCAACCACAUCUACUUUCAGCGCCGUGAGGACCACUCCGUGAUGGGGCUGACGACGCGCUACUGUAACAAGUACACCACGGUCGUGUACUACUCAAAGAUGGGGACGCCGAGUGAGUGA